AUGCAGAAUCCUGAAAAGUGAUUCAAUGAAUGAAAGUAGUGAAAAACGGUCGAAAUGUACACUAACUGAACCUGUAGAAAUUGUGACAUUGCCUGUACUUUCUGAAAUGUAUAUGAUGAAACCAUGGCUAAAUAAUGAUAAUAUUGAUGAAAAGAAAUCAUUUUCAAUUUUAUCAAAAAUAAAUUUAUUGAAUUUUUUUAAAUGUAUGAUGUGUACAUUUUCGACAAAUUGGGCUGAUCAAAUGCAAAAUCAUUUUAAAAGUCAUAAAAGUAUUAAUUUGGAAUGUUGUUAUUGCAAUGUAGUGUUAAAUAGACCGCCGGAUUUAAUUAAACACAUGAAAAUAUACCAUGCUUCAUGUAAUUUUCAAUGUAGUAGUUGUUUUUAUAGGAGCUACUCAGCAUUCCAUGUAAAAAUUCAUAUCAAAAAAUAUCACAAAAAAACUUCUAAAAUUAUUGUUUGUGAUGGUCCAGAGCUUUCAAUGAACGCUUUAUUUAAGGUAAUCAUUGAAAGUAGAGAACGUUAUUUAAAACCAUAUACUUGUCAUUUAUGUAAUGAAGGCAAAUGUUAUUUACAAGAAGAUUUGAGAGAUCAUUUCAAGCGCAAUCAUUACAAUUCAGUAUUUUGUAAUUGUGAUUAUCAUGGAUUAUUUUGCUGUUUUUUCUGUCACUUUGAAACUGACUCAAUCGAAUUGAUUGAAAUUCAUAUGGCAGAUAUUCAUGCUGAAAAAGGAUUAUUUGUUGGUGCCAGGCUUCGAAAUCAAAAGUUGGAGAAACAUAAGAAAUCAAUACAACUUUAUGAUAAAUUCAAAAUGAAUUCAACUGUUAUAAUUGAUUUAUCAAAUAUUCUACAUGAAGAUCAAUUUUUGGAAUCCAAAUUUCUUAAACAAAAGAUGAAAAGAAUUUCUGAAAAUAUGGAAGACUUCAAAAAAAUAGCUGAAAACGCAAAUGAAACGGUUUGGAGUUCUGAUGAUUACACAUCAAAAUAUUUAAUUAAAUAUUCAUCAAGCUCAAAAGAAAAUUUAGAUAGAUUUACAAGAAAUAAUUCUUUAGAAAAAUUGGAAAAAAACUUUCAGAAAUUGACAAAACUAAUUGUUUCAUCUUUGAAUGAUAAAGAUUUAAAACAUCCAUAUUUUUGUUAUUUAUGUGGCAUUUGUACUACUUCAUUGAGUAAGUUGGAAAAUCAUUUCAGUAUAGAACACAAAAUACUGCAAAUAAAAAGCGAAAAACUUGAACAAUAUUUUAUUGGUAUACCAAAUGAAAUCAACUAUAAUCGUUUAACUUUAUUAAUACAUAUUGUUAAUGUAUUAGAUCUCAAAAAGCAUGAUAUUAAAAAUAAAAAUAAAAGUAAAUCAAAUUCAAAUAAAAAAUUGUUACAAUUACCAAAAUUUAUUCCAUUAGAAAAAGGACGUUAUAAAUGUUUUGAAAAAAAUUGUCCAUAUGGGACACAAUCAGAAUCUUUAUUUUUUGAGAGUCAUUUGAAAUUAAUACACAGAUCUAUAAAACGUUUUGAAUGCAUUCACUGUAAUUUCAAAAUUGAUAAGGUAACAUGUGAUUUUAAUGAUAUUAAAAAUCAUCUAAGAAUGCACUCAGAGAUUUUAUACACUUGUACAAUUUGCUUUUUUUAUAAUCAUCAAAGGCAAAUUGUUCAAAAACAUGUUAGAUUAAUGCAUAAAGUUGAAAUGAAUAUAACAAAUGUUAUACGUUCACAAAAACAUGAUAUUGAAGAAUAUUCUUUUACUACAUGUUUAAAAGAAAAUGAAAAAAUUCUUAAACAACAUUUUUGUUUAAUAUGUGGUAUAGAUACAAUUAAACCUAAAAAUUUUAUAAAACAUUUGGAUAAGGAUCAUUCUAUUAUAAUAAUGUACGAAUGUCAAUAUUGUAAUAACUUAUAUAAUGUAUUAGAUAAAAUUAUUGAGCACAGUAACAAAGACCAUAAGAAACCAUUGAAAAUUCGAUGCGAAUAUGAAUAUAAAAAGAAUAUUGAUCAUACGAAUGAAAAUUUUAAUGAAAGUAUUGACGAACAUUCAUCAAAAUCAAAAACAAGCAAAAAAUAUUCAAGAAAGGAAAAAAAAUAACUAAAAUGUAAUCUCACUAUAAAACAAAAAUUUUGGGAAUUUCAUCUCCAUCUCAAUCAGUAUUAUAUACUAGCAAUUAUUAAAAAAAAAAUAUGAAAAAAUAAUUUCAUUAUAUUGUAGUAAAAUUCAAAAUGAGGAAAAAAAUCAAUCGAAUUUUAUACAAUCAUCAAUAAUCAUAAUCCAUUGAAAAUGAACAUGAAAAUUAAUCGUAAAAAAAUACCAUCAGCUCUAUCAUGAAUUUCGUUCGUAGCUCUGAAAUUCGGAAAAUUACUUAUAUGAUUACAUUUGGAAAUCAUAUGAAAAUUAAUCGUAAAAAAAUACCAUCAGCUCUAUCAUGAAUUUCGUUCGUAGCUCUGAAAUUCGGAAAAUUACUUAUAUGAUUACAUUCGGAAAUCGUAUUAUUAAUUAUGAAUUAGUAAAAUUCUGCUCCGAAUAUUCUUAAUGUAGUUAUCAUAAAUUACAUUCGUAGUAAAAAUUACCCUCGAAUGUCUACGAAAGAAAUAAUCACUCGUAACAAGCAAUUUAAAGAGAAUAGUCGUUACUCUAACACAGUCGUUAUUCUAACAUAAUUUGAGUUAGUCUAAAACAGUUAGCAUGACAGGAAAUAAAUUCAUAUUCUCAAAAAUUGUUUUUUUUUUUCACUUUUAAAAAAUAUUCAAAAACUAAAUGAUACUGCCAUUGGUGAUUCAUAAUCUCUACGAAAGAAAUUUGUAAUAGUACUGAAAUUGUAAUUGUAAUCAAAUAGUUAUAUUCGUAAUUCGUAGAAUUCUACGAGUGGAAUUCAUGACAGAGCUGCAUAUUUUACUCUCCACAAAAAGAUACAUUUGUAUAUUAAAGAAUCUUUUUCUGUAAAAUAAUAUAGUUUAGUAAAUCAUAAUUUAAAAAAAAACCAAAAACCUGAUAAUGAAUAAGUGAUUGUGCUAUAAAUAAUAACAUUAAUAUUUGAUCUCAACCAAAAACAUUGUCAAUUUCGAAUUCUUAUAGAACAAUAUAAGUGGCAUAUAAUUAAUAUAGAUUAUUAUAAUAUGAAAUCA